CUCGUUCAGCUCUGAAUUUCAUCGGGGGCAACCAGGUCUUGGGCGAUCCGGCCGAUGGAGACGGCAGCGAGACAGGGAGAAUCCUGAAUGUGGUGUUAGAAUGUUCGUGUCCCCGGCGGAGAUUACUUCACCGUGCGGUGCCUCCGUGCUGAUCGCCGGUCGUUAACGACGGCGCGCCAUGGUCUGAGUAUGCGUCUGCCCAGAGAAAAGCUUGAGCUCAGCCGCCCUUUCGAAUUUUAGGUUCUCGAUGCAUCAGAUCAAGCACAUGAUAAGCAGGUCAAGGGCUGUGAUGGAAUGGCGCACAGACUACGUUCGACAGAAUGCCCAAACAGAAACAUGGGCAUGUAAUAUAGUGGUCUACCGUAAUUUGCAAUGGCACGAAAUUGCCCUGCUGCCCUCUCUUUGUUCAGCGAAGCUUGCUGGUGGUCCAUCCCUCCGCGGUCUCUGUAAUGUACUGGUAAUACACUAGUGUUUCCUUCAAUAUCUUUUCCUCUUCAUCGUUUUCAUCACUUUCUUUGUUUCAUUUGUUUGUGAACUUAGUAUAAACAAGAACGACGUACUAAAUUGGUACAAUCCCCAUCAUCAACCAUAGCCUGUAUCUUUUACUAGUUCUUUUUAAGUGGUAUAUUCCUGGAUACUCGAGGCCACAUAAGCUGGAAAGCGAUGGUGCGGUUGUAAAUAGCAACCACCGACAAUAACAAGAGAAGCUAGAAGUAAACUGCUGACUGCUUUGGGGGGUAUCUUCUUGGAAAAAUAAAAGAUUCCAUUUCAGAACAGGCCAAGGGUGGUACUUAGUGGGUGUGCUACUGUUAAAUAAUUACAUCAAGCUUCCUGUAUGGUUGGAUGAUUAGUUUGGAAGCAUGCUUACUGAGCAAUGCAGGACUUUUGUGGAAUCGUCGUUACCCACUCAAAAUCCCCACAGCUCAUUUUCCAUUUUUAAUUCAAGGAGCUGUCCACUAACCAAAGAUAUACUCAGUUUUGUGAUCCUGAUAGCAUACUCAUUACCUACCAACUCCAUCUUUCAAGAAAAGUUUCGUAUAGCUCCAUCUACACAACCAUGUUAGAGGGUGUCAUCUGGUUGCUAAUCCUGAAGCUUAGGGACGCCCUCACAAAUGAAACUGUUCAGAUAGGGAAGUCGUUUAUUGCCUAUGAAGCAUCUGCUCUGCAAGACCUAUUUGGUGAAAUAAGGAAAAUGAAGGAGGAAUUGGAGAGCAUGCAAGCCUUCUUCCGAACUGCUGAGCGGUUCAAGGAUGCGGAUGAGACAACUGUUGCAUUUGUGAAGCAAAUCAGGGGUCUCGCUUUUAACAUCGAGGAUGUUAUUGACGAGUUCACCUACAAGUUGGGGGAAGACCGUGAGGCGAUGUUUCUGUUGAAAGCAAUUAGGAGGGUCAGGCAAAUCAAGACAUGGUAUCGCCUAGCCAACAGUUUGCGUGAUAUCAAAGCCAACCUCAAGCGUGCUGCAGAGAGAAGGCACAGAUAUGACCUGAAGGGUGUUGAAAGGGAUGCAAAACUAACAAGAGUAGGCAGCUUAAAUAGAAGAUCUGCAGAAUCUGUACAUUUUAAAAGGGAAGAUGAUCUUGUGGGGAUUGCAGAGACUAGAAACUUGCUGAUGAAAUGGAUGAAAGAUGAGGAGCAGCAACACAUGAUAAUCACUGUUUGGGGCAUGGGAGGUGUUGGUAAGACAACACUUGCUGCUCAUGUCUACAACGCCAUCAAGACUGAUUUUGACACUUGUGCUUGGAUCACUGUGUCUCAUAGCUAUGAAGCUGAUGAUUUGCUCAAACAAAUUGUUGAAGAGUUCCGAAAGAAUGACAGGAAGAAGGAAUUUCCAAAGGAUGUUGAUGUCACAGAUUACAGAAGUCUAGUGGAGACAAUCCGACGUUACCUAGAGAACAAAAGGUAUGUUCUUGUUUUAGAUGAUGUUUGGAGUGUGAAUGUUUGGUUUGACAGCAAAGAUGCAUUUUCUGCUUGCAAACUUGGUCGGAUAAUUUUCACAUCAAGGAUAUACGAGGUUGCACUGCUUGCUUCCGAAGCCCAAAUGAUUAACUUGCAACCCUUGCAAAAUCACUAUGCAUGGGAUCUGUUUUGCAAAGAGGCAUUUUGGAAGAAUGAAAAUAGUGAUUGUCCACCAGAAUUGCAUGAUUGGGCGCACAAGUUUGUAGAAAAAUGCAAUGGUUUGCCAAUUGCUAUUGUAUGCAUUGGGCGCCUCCUGUCAUUCAAGAGCGCAACAUUUUUGGAGUGGGAGAAUGUGUACAAAACUCUUGAGAUGCAAUUUACAAACAAUUUCAUACUGGAUAUGAACAUAAUAUUGAAGGUUAGUUUGGAAGACUUGCCACACAACAUGAAAAACUGCUUUCUUUACUGCUGCAUGUUCCCUGAGAAUCAUGUGAUGCAAAGGAAAUGGCUAGUACGGCUCUGGGUUGCAGAAGGAUUUAUUGAAGAGAGUGAGCAUAAGACACUGGAGGAGGUUGCAGAAGAUUACUUGACCGAGCUCAUCAAUCGAUGUCUGUUAGUGGAGGUUAAGAGGAAUGAAACAGGGUAUGUUGAUGAUUUCCAAAUGCAUGAUAUCCUUCGUGUAUUAGCCCUUUCUAAGGCACGCGAAGAGAACUUUUGCAUUGUCCUUGAUUACUCAAGGACUCAUCUUAUUGGGCAAGCUCGCCGCUUAUCAAUACAAAGAGGGGAUAUUGCACACCUUGCAGAAUCUGUGCCACAUCUCCGCUCCUUGCUUGUUUUCCAAAACUCACUUAGUUUUGGUUCACUUCGUUCAUUCUCAAGGUCUGUUAAGUUAAUGUCUGUCUUGAAUCUGCAAGAUAGUUCAAUCGAGUGUCUGCCAAAUGAGGUGUUUGAUUUGUUCAAUCUGCGCUAUCUGGGCCUUAGACGAACUAAAAUUGCAACUAUCUCAAGGUUGAUUGGAAGGCUACAGAAUCUGCUUGUAUUUGACGCUUGGAAAAGCAAAAUUACCAACCUACCAGCAGAAAUCACAAGGCUGUGUAAGUUGACACAUCUUAUUGUAACUGUGAAACCAUUGAUACCAUGUUUGCAAUAUGUUCCUUCUAUUGGUGUACCAGCACCUGUUGGUGGUAUGUGUUCUCUGGCAAGUCUCCAGACAUUAUUGCUCGUGGAAUCUAGUUCUGAAAUGGUCAAUUACCUUGGUGCUCUAGUUCUAUUGAGAUCAUUCCGGAUCAGUAAAGUUCAAGGUCGCCAUUGUGAUAAGUUGUUUGUAGCUAUUACCAAUAUGGUUCGUCUAACCCGGCUUGGGAUCCAAGCAAAUGAUGACGAGGAAGUUCUGCAACUUGAUGCACUCAAUCCACCUCCACUACUUCAGAAAAUUUUCUUGCUGGGGACAUUAGCUAAAGAAUCAUUACCUCGAUUUUUCUUAUCGAUUAGUAAACUGAAAUGCCUCUCCAUUCUACGGCUGGUCUGGUCAAAACUUCAGGAGGAUAUGUUUUGUUAUCUUGAGGAAUUACAGCAGUUGGUGAAGCUUCAGCUUUAUGAUGCAUUUGAUGGCAAUAAUAUGUACUUCCGGGCAACGUCAUUUCGGAAACUUCGAGUACUGAAAAUCUGGGGAGCUCCACAUCUCAGCCAGAUGACGAUAGAAAGAGGGGCCAUGCCCAGCUUGGUUGAUUUGAAGCUCCUGCUCUGUCCGGAGUUGAAGUUGUUGCCAGGUGGCAUCGAACAUGUGAGCACUCUUGAAGAGCUGACUUUGAAUUCUACCGCUGAAGAGCUUGUGAACAGGGUUCGACAGAAGAAAGAGGAGAACAUAUCACAUGUUCAGAGAGUUUACGUGGGUUUCGUCAGGAACGGCGAGCUGGCUGCAGAGAGGAUUCAGUAAAUACAUCUCCAUCCAGACUGUCAUUGUUUCUUCUCUUCUAUAAUUUCUUCAGUCAUGUGAUGUAACAUGGAACCUUCUAUUUUUACCC